ACAGAGACUAGGGUGUGUGAACUAUGCAUCAGUCACUUAUAAUUACCUCUCACCCGAAAGACGGAAAAUAAGGAGGUUAAGUGACUUGCUCAGGCUUGAUGAACCAACUGAUUUCACAUACUGGAAAACUAAAGCGCGCCACACUUAUUCCAAAGCAAUCUCCCACAAUGCAUCGAAAACCAAGGAGUAUAUUAUCCUUGGACAAAACCAGGAACUGAGAAAUGGACGACAUUGUGUUUACAGAAGAUGACAUUCAGCAGCAACUGAUUUUGCUGGGCUACGACAAUAUACCGAGACACAGGCUCCAUGAAUUCAAAAAAGAUCUUGAGCAACUGAUAAGACACGAAAGAUCAAAAAGUCAGAACUCCAGUGAAAGGGACUCCCCUCAAUCCUACAGCAGCGACGACAGGAAUACCCCUGCUUACGGUUCCCAGAGUGAAGCCACUUACACCCAUAAGCCAUUUGCUACUUCUAGAGAGAUGUUUCCACAACCAGAAAGACAAGUGCCGUUGUCUACAUAUGGAACUGAGCAUCCCAGCACUACUGCAAGGUUCCAGCAGUACGAUUCCUGCAUCAUGCACUCUUUGACAUUUCCACGGCCCACUUCUGCCCCCUGCAGGCUAGAUGCAGAGAACAGCAAAGAAAGCAUAAUGGGCACUUUAGAGUUUGAUUCAUCUAGUUCAAGCCCAAACAGACAGCAGGGAUUUUACGGGAAACCUGCAAUCAAGAGAAAAGUACUGAGGAAACAGAAUGGGCAGGUUAAUGUCUGUGAUGAAUCUGUCCAUAGCGAAGCAGAAUCAGAUGCUGCCAGUACACUGGAGGACAGACUCGUCAGACUUCAUAAGUGUUCUGAAGUGUCAGACUUUGACCUGGAGACUGAAAUUGGGAGCUUGAGUGAGCGAUCCAGCUCCGAUGAGAGAAGACCUCGCUCUGCCUUUCAGCUCUGUGCAAGAGAUGUUUUGAGAUCUGCAGAAACUGAGCGUGAUUCACGAAGUUCAAGUCGACCCAAGUCUUUUAUCCGGCCACAACUGGAUCACCCUCACACAAGGAACCUAAAGAAAACUGAUCCUGUUUCAAAGUAUUUUCAGUACAAACAAGACUGGGAAGCUUUCAAACCGCCUGGAGAAAAAGAACGAAAGGGGCUGCGUUGGGGAAUAAGGGAACAAAUGCUGUACAAGAACCAACUACCACCUAAGCCCCAGCGCAUUUAUGUUCCCAAUACUUACGAAGUGCCAACUCAGAAAAAAAGGUUAGCACUGAGAUGGGAAGUACGACAUGAUUUGGCAAAUGGAUCAAUGCCACAGAAGAUAUUUUAUCCAUUUUAGCAAAAGUACAACUACUGUGCCUUGUACUGUAGCUAUACAGUAAAUUAACCACUGGUAUUUAGUCAACAGUUCAUGGAUGUAUCUCAGUAGGCACAAUUUGUCUUUUGUAAUGCAGUGGAAGAGACCAUGUCUGCUAAUUUUGCUAUAUACAGUUGUGGUGUUUUAUUAAAUAUCUUGUUUUCUAUGCCUUAACAUUGUGUUUUUUAAAUGUUUGUUUUUAUCAGGUGUGGCAAUUUGUGGUAGACAUGAGUUAUUGUAUUUAUUAAAAUGCUGUACAUACAAAAUAAAAUGUUCUUUUUUUCUCCA